UAUACAACCCACACCUUUUUAAUUAGUAAGGACACGUGUAGAUCAACAAAAUGGAGAGCCAUCCUUUAGUGAAUCUUGGCAUGAAGGGCUCUGCCACCUCUUCGAAAGAGUCUGAUGAGUCCUGGUCAAUGACGGACUAUGGUAAAAGAGCUGAAGCAAAGAUAUCAGUUCAUCCAUUUGAUCUUGACAGCUGGGAGGUACUAUUAAGGGAAGCACAGACAGCAACCAUAGUUCGGUCAAGAGCGUUUUAUGAACAUUUAGUUACUCAGUUUCCAACUUCGGCUCGUUACUGGAGGAUGUACAUAGAACAGGAGAUGAGACAUCGCUGCUAUGAGGAAGUAGAGAAGUUGUUUCAGAGAUGUCUAAUGGACAUUCUUCACAUUGACCUUUGGAAGCUAUACAUUACUUAUAUCCGUGAGACAAAAUCUGGUCUUCCAAACUACAGAGAGAAGUUGAAAAAUGCAUAUGAUUUUACUCUAGAGCACAUGGGCAUAGAUUUUUAUUCUACGCCGAUUUGGAUGGAGUACUUGGAUUUCCUUAAUUCAGAAAACUCUCAAGGAUCUUAUGGGGAGAAUCUCAAGCUACAGUCGAUGAGGAAGACUUUCCAACUGGCAGUUGCAUCUCCAAAGGUCUCCAUUGAGCAAGUUUGGAAGGACUACUCAGCUUUUGAAAAUAUGGCCAAUAAAUCUCUUGCAAAGAAAGUCCUUGAGGUCCAGAACAAGCUUUAUUCAAAUGCUAAACGUGCUUCAUACGAGUAUGAGAAUGUAACCAGAGGGUUGGUGAGGGGCAGCACUUCAGUACCACCUCAAGGAGCAAUACAGGAAGCACAGCAGCUUCAGAUAUGGCGUCGUUAUUUGGCAUGGGAGAAGCAGAACCCACUCAGAACAGAAGAUGUAAAAUUAAUAAUUAAGAGAGUUGUCUAUGCUUACAAUCAAUGUCUGCUCUGCUUUGGUCAUUGCUCUGAUAUCUGGUAUGAGCUAACACUUUACUUGCAAAGAGCAGGAGAAUCAGAUCCCCCUCGGUCCCAUCAAUGGAUAGAGGAAGCAGGGACAGUGUACACACGUGCUGUCUCAGGCCCUCUGGCUAAUAAUUUACUCAUGAACUUUGCUUUUGCUGACUUUGAAGAGGUGCAACAGCAUAACGAUAAAGCAGAGUCCAUUUAUAAUCGUCUCCUCUCUACCAUUGAAGAUGAGAGCAAGACAUUGGUCUAUAUACAGUAUAUGAACUUCAAAAGGAGGACAGCUGGUAUUAAAGGAGCUCGUACUGUCUUCAAGAAAGCAAGAGAGGACACAAAGUGCAAUUAUCAUGCUUAUGUAGCUGCAGCUCUGAUGGAAUACUACAUAACAAAGGACAAGGACAUUGCUUUCAGGAUAUUUGAGUUGGGUAUGAAGAAGUUUGGAACUAAUGUUGGCUUCCUGUUAGCAUAUGUUGACUACCUUUCUCAUUUAAAUGAUGAUAAUAACACAAGAGUGUUGUUUGAGAAGGCAGUCAGUACAGUCCCACCUGAUGAAUCAAGCAAACUAUGGGAGCAGUUUUCAAGAUUUGAAUUGGCUGUUGGUGACCUUUCAAGCUUAUUAAAAGUUGAAAGAAGACGUGCAAACAUGCUCCAGAGAUCUCAAGAGGCUGAAGUGUCUGAAACAUCUCUACUUAUUGAUAGAUAUACUUACUUGGAUCUCUUCCCAUGCUCUGAACUGGAGCUUAGAGUUAUUGGUCAUCAUUCUGUGGCUAAUCCUAUUGAUACUGCAACUGCUCCAGUAUUUCUCAAAGCUCCUGUAUCUAAUAAUGAAUCAUCAAAGGCUGAUUCGCAUUACUCAAAACCUGAUCUCAAGCAAAUGAUAUCAUUCAAGCCUAGCACUACACAUGGUGUAGGUAUGAAUGCUGUUCCUGGCGGUCAUUUUCCUCUUCCUUCAAGUUUAGCUAAUUUGCUCUCCCUCUUACCCCCUCCUCAUUGCUUUCAGGGUCCUUUUGUACAAGUGGAUCAAUUGAUAGACAUGAUCAUUCACAGUUCAAUACCAGAGAUAUCCAGUUCCCAGCCAGGACUCAGCUCUACGAGAGUCAUUAAUCAGAAAAGACGAAGAGAUGAUGGGGAGGAUUUCGAUGAGGAGACUGCCCCACCUUCUAACGACCUUUACAUCUCAAGACAACAGAAAAGGGCACAAACGACAUAAUCUAUUUUCUUUCUUUCAUCUCUCAUAAUUCUUUUUGUAAAUUAUUUUAAAUUAAUAUUCUCAUACAAUUUCACCCUGAAAA